AGAUUGUGCUAUAUUCUACAAAUUUUUCACAUUGUUUUAUACAUUAUUCUACGUAAAUAAAUAACGGAGCACAACGUAAAUAUGUGCUUAUGAUUAAUUGGUAAUUUUGGCGCAUUGUUUCACUGAGAAAUAUAAGAGGAACUAAAAAUCAGUAUCUUGCCAUCAAGUCUCUUCUAUUAUUGCUUCAUGAUCAAUGAAUGGAUGUUCUUUUUUAGCGUUAGUGAUAUUUUUAUUUUUUGAACUGUAAACUGUAAACUGUAAACAUUAUAUAUUUCUUAAUCUACAAAAUACGAUUAUUCUAAAAAAGUAAACUUUACGUAUUCUUUUGAUUUACUUUCCUUCUUCGACUGGAUCGUGUACCGCAUCAAUGUGAUGUUGGUAUAUAUAAUUUAAACUAAUUGUAUCAGUUAUUAUUAUAUUGAAAAAUGACGUACAAACGUCGGAAGUAUCAUCGUGGAGACACGCAUUUAAAAAAAGGUUGGCGAACUAGAAGAAAAACAAAAGAUUUAGACGAGAUUGAUGAAGAUUUGAAAGAUGAAAAUGUAAAGAGGUUACUAAAUCAAGAAGUAGAUUUAGAUAAACCUGGAGCAGGUCAAUAUUAUUGUAUUCAUUGUGCGAGGUAUUUUAUAAAUGAUACUGCUUUGAAGGAUCACCUUACAACAAAAGUACAUAAACGUAGAUUAAAAGCUCUCGAGUUGGAACCAUACACUAUUGAGGAUUCAGAGAAAGCUGCAGGAAAAGGAAAUUAUGUUGCACCUGAAAAACGAAAAAUUGAAACUAUAAUUCGCGAUAGUUUUAAUAUGGACGCUGAAUCAGAAUUCACGUCAAAUGCUAAAAAGGCAAAAGUAGAUUCAUAGAAAUUAAUAUUUCAAAAGAAGAAAUGUUUAGUUUUUGACAAGCUUAA